AUGUCCGGACUCACGGAAACCCAACUCGCCUCCUUCAAGGAAAACGGGUACCUCGUUCUGCCCGACUACCUCAGCGCCGAGGAGGUAACCUCCCUCCUCAGCGAGACCAACAAACUCCUCAACGACUUCCCACUAGAAUCCCACCCCCUCACCCAAUUCACAACCGGCGAUGAAUCCGCUGCCCAUGUAGGCGACUCCUACUUCCUCAACUCCGGCGACAAGAUCCGUUUCUUCUUCGAGCCCGAUGCCUUCAGCACAGAGCCGGACCCACUAACCGGGCGUCCGGCUCUACUGAAACCCAAAAACCGCGCCGUCAACAAAAUCGGCCACUCGCUGCACACCCUCUCGCCGCCGUUCAAGGCUAUCUCGCUGAACGAGCGCAACGCCGCUGUUGCACGCUCGCUGGGGUUCGUCGAUCCCCGCGUGCUGCAGAGUAUGGUUAUCUGCAAGCAGCCUUCGAUUGGCGGGGCUGUGCCGUCGCAUCGGGAUUCGGAGUUCUUGUAUACUGAUCCGCCGUCGGCGGUGGGGUGGUGGUAUGCGUUGCAGGAUGCCGGGCCGGUUAAUGGGACGCUGGGUAUGUACAAGGGGUCUCAUACUGGGAGGAAGGGGGGACAUAUAACUAGGAGGUUUGUGAGGAAGGAGAGUGGGGGGACGGAGUUCGUUGAGAAUACUGGGCCUGCGCUGCCGAGGGGCAUGGAGGAGGAGAAGAGUGAGGAGGUUGAUGAUUCGGAAUUAGAGAUUCUGGAUAUCAAGGCUGGGUCGCUUGUGCUUAUUCAUGGGAAUGUCUUGCAUAAGAGCGAGAAGAACACUAGUCUGAAUAGUCGGUAUGCCUAUACCUUCCAUGUGAUUGAGGGCGCAGAAGGGUGGGAGUAUGAUGGGCGAAAUUGGUUGCAGCCGCCUGCUGGUGGGUUUUCGAAGUUGGAGGCUUGA